AGUCCGCACGCUGACGUCAGAGCAGACAGGUGAAAGAUUGUCAGUCACGCGAGCCUAUGACCGCGAUCUAGCAGUGCGAUUCAAGCCAGCAACCAAGAUGGCGGCACAGGAGAGUGGAGCAACUCAGCAACCAAACGUGAGCAAUGGCGAGGUGAGCAGUAAUGGGUCUGCAGGUGGAGACCAGGCUGUCCAGGCUGCUGGGACUGCACAGGAUGCUCAGCCACAGCAGCAGCAGCAACAGCAACCACCUCCCAAUGCCUGGCAGGUCAUCAAGGGAGUCCUCUUCAGGAUCUUCAUUAUCUGGGCCAUCAGCAGCUGGUUCCGUCGGGGCCCGUCCACGCCAGACCAGAGUACCCCAGCCGGAGCCCCGCGAGUCCCCAGCCGCAACCUGUUCCCCAAGGACACGCUCAUGGACUUGCAUGUAUACGUCUCCCAGAACGAGAUAUUCUCAGACUUCAACAAUAGUGAUGCUCUUUUCUGGAGUCAGCGAGACCUGGUGUACGGAGACUGGACCACGGGGGAAGCUGGGGAUGGUUGUUAUGAGCACUAUGGGGAAAUGGACAUUCCCGAGACGGUGAAGCAGAAUGGUUCCCUGUACAUUCAUGUCUACUUCACCAAGAGUGGGUUCCACCCAGAUCCGAAACGCAAGGGCCAGUACCGACGCCUGGCCACAGUUCAUAGUUCUCGAAUGCUGAACAAGUUCAAACGCAGAAAGUUCCAGAAGACAAAGAACCUUCUCACUGGAGAGACAGAGGCUGACCCUGAGAUGAUCAAGCGUGCAGAAAGCCAUGGUCCAGUGGAAGUGAUCUCCCAUUGGCACCCGAACCUCACUAUCAACAUGGUGGAUGACCACACCGCUUGGGUGAAGGGCUCUGUGCCCCCACCUCUGGAUCAGCAUGUGAAGUUUGAUGCAGUCAGUGGGGACUAUUACCCUAUCGUGUACUUCAACGACUACUGGAACCUGCAGAAGGACUAUUUUCCCGUCAAUGAGACGCUGCAGAAGCUGCCGCUGCGUCUGUCCUUUUGCCCCCUAUCGCUGUGGCGCUGGCAGCUCUAUGCUGCCCAGAGCACCAAGUCCCCCUGGAACUUCCUGGGAGACGAUACCUACGAGCAGUCCGACGAGGACCAGGACUCUGUCAAGGUGGCUUUACUGGAGACCAAUCCAUAUCUUCUUGGUCUGACCAUUGUCGUGUCCAUCGUCCACAGCAUCUUUGAGUUCCUGGCCUUCAAGAACGACAUCCAGUUUUGGAACAGCAGACAGUCCCUUGAGGGUCUCUCUGUGCGUUCAAUCUUUUUUGGGGUCUUCCAGUCUCUGGUGGUGUUGCUAUACAUCCUGGACAACGAGACCAACUUCGUGGUGCAAGUCAGCGUCUUCAUCGGGCUACUUAUUGACUUCUGGAAGAUCACCAAGGUUGUGGACGUGAAGCUGGACAGAGAGAACAGAAUUGCUGGAUUAUUUCCACGUUUAACUUUUAAAGACAAGUCCACGUACGUCCAGUCCUCCACCAAAAUCUACGAUGACAUGGCUUUUAGGUACCUUUCCUGGCUGCUGUAUCCACUGUUUGGCUGCUAUGCAGUCUAUAGCUUGAUAUACAUGGAGCACAAGGGCUGGUACUCCUGGGUGCUGGGGAUGAUGUACGGCUUCUUGUUAACCUUUGGCUUCAUUACGAUGACACCACAGCUCUUCAUCAACUACAAGAUGAAGUCUGUGGCCCACCUCCCAUGGAGGAUGCUUACCUACAAGGCCCUCAACACCUUCAUCGAUGACCUGUUUGCCUUUGUCAUCAAGAUGCCCAUGAUGUACAGAAUAGGCUGCCUGAGAGAUGAUGUUGUGUUCUUUAUCUACUUGUACCAGCGCUGGAUCUACAGAGUCGACCCCAACCGCGUUAACGAGUUUGGCACCAGUGGUGUAGAGCACGUCAAGGACAGCACAGAGCAGGGGCCUGCGGGCAGUGAGGUCGCAGCCAUCUCAGACAAGCCAGAGGGGGAGAAGAAGAACGAUUAACUGCACAACACCACCCAUUUUCUCCAUCUUUACCUAGAAGCAGAAACCAGGCAGAAUUUCUAUUCCAUAGGCCACUGAAGUCAGGCGGAGUCAUUUUGUUCUGUAACGGACACUACAACAAAUUCAGUAAAUUUUUCUUCCUCUGGUGCAAUCUGCAGCUCCGAUCAUAUUUAAUGUAGACUUCCCAUUUUUAAAGAAAAGAAAUCCCUUUUUUGCAGUUUAAGUGAAGUAAAUGUUGUACUGUAUUAUGUGUUUUGGAUGCGUAAAGUUGGUGUUUUGGAGAGCUGUGUGUGGUCAGUGGGAGAGGGUUGAGGCACUAUUUGGUGGGCAAGGGGCGGGGGGGCUUUAGUGCAUAUCACAGUGCUGUAUUUUAAAAUACAGCACAAGAAAGACCAUGGGCAGUCUCUUAUCUUCUCUCUCUCCCUCCAGUCUGGAUAUCUUGUGACCUUUUCAUUCCAUGUGUGAGUAUUAAGGUCGGGGAAACCUGAUUUAACAUUGUAGACAGUACUGUGGGCUGGUAAGUGUGCUGCGUGUAACCAAAAAAUGGCUGACUGUCCAAACAGUAUCUAGAAAAGCGAGAGCCCUGAAUUGUUUUAAUAAACAAGUGGUUGAUGUCCAAGACACAAGAACAAGAACAGCCUUGUAGGUAUUAAUAUACAUUAGUAAUAUACUUUUUUCCAUUUUUUUGUAUGUUCUAAAACUGUACAGAAUUUCAGCUUGUAUUAAUACUGAUGUCAACAGUCUAGCAGUAGCUAUUGUGCAAUGAGUUUUUGCUCUGGACUGCUAUUUUUUUUUAUUAUUUUUUUUUUAAUUAUACAGUCUGCAGCUGCAGGACCCCACUGUUUGAAGGAGUUAAUCCCAGUGACCAAUGUUUGUUUGCAAGCAAAAAUGUUCUCUUGCAGUUUCCUUGUUUUUUUUUCCCCCCGAACUUUGUCUAUUGUGGAGCGGAAGUACAGUUUAAAGGUUUUAUUCUUUGUGUACGAAUGUCUGCAAAUUAAUUUAUCAAGAGGGGAAAAAAAAGGAAAACUAAACCACCACAUAACUAGCUGUCCUGCUUCAUGACUAUAAAGAUCAAUGUAAUGUAAUAGGUUCUGGUAGCUUUUUUUUUAUUACUGUAGUUGUAAUAGGGAUGAUUCCUCAAUCUGUGGUUGGCAAAAGCGAUAAGCACUGGUGAGUGAAAACCCACAGCAAUGUGGUAGCAUGCUUUUAGAGGGAACUCCUGCAUCAGGGUUGUGCUUUUCUGAUUUCGGUAAGAGACUGAAUAGUGAGUUCCCACUUUAUUUUGAUGUUGUACUCCCAGAAUGAACUGAAUUGCAUUAUACCUGGUAUAGUCAUUCCUAAAGAAUUCUGGUUCUAUAUGGCGACAUUGAUAGACAUUGUAAUCGAACUGAAACAUCUCUCCUUAACUAAUAGUGAAUUAAUCUGACACACCAUACACUAGAAGUGGGGUUUUUGCGGAGCAAGUUUUUCCCCGUUCCUGUGCUGAAAUGCAUGGUUAGGCCCCAAAUGGCAGUUGUUGACUUUCAGAUUAUGUAAAGUAAGCAAGGUCUGAAGUACCGACAUGCUCUGUGGCGUCCAAAACUACCAGUGCUGUGCAGAGUGGGUAAUGCAUUAAAUAAUGUCUAAAUGGCACUUUGAAUGGAAAUGCUAUGCUCAGAGAUGCACUGCUUUGGUUUUAUCGGGAAGAUGAUUAGUGAGUUAGUGAUUUUAGUAGCUUUACGGUAGGGGGCUUGGCCAUAAAAGAAGAUACACAUCGUUACCAGAAGACCCAACUGAGAUUUUACCAGCCUUUGACGAGUGUGGACUGCUACUCUUACUAUGCAGUGCCUAGUCUUGCCAGAUUCUUGCAUACCUUUUGCUUUUGUAGUAUAAGCAGUUCCUUUAAGGCUUAUGUAGUGUUAUUUGAGCACUUUAUAGAAUAGAUGUGCUGUACUUUAAAUCCAUAAUUCUAGCUCUGAAUAGAAAUUUUGGUUCUCAGCCACUGGUAUAAUCCAUAUAGACAUUGUCUGGCACGAAUGUACCAUUCAGAGUAAAGAUAUAAGGGAGUGGCCAGCUUUUCUAAUGAGAAUCAUGUACAGAACUAACAGUAGAAGUUGGAUCGCAACUCCACAUACCCCAACGGGUAACUGUUCAGACUCCAGGAACAGAAUGCACACUAUUGACUUACUCCCUAAAACAGGAGUAGGAAAUCUUAUCCAGAAAGGGCCGUUGUGUGUGUUUUUUGCUGCAACUCCCUAAUUAGAUCACUAAGUAGAGGACUGAUUGGCUGAAGAGUUCACACCUGAGUUUGAUCAGCUGACCUGAUCCCACAGGUCACACAAACCUGCAUACACUCUCCCAUUGAGGAUAAGAUUGCCCACUCCUGCCCUAAAACAUACAUACUCAGUUGGUGUAUGAAGGCUGGCUUUCGCUUUUCCCACGCAAGUCCAGGCCAGGUUGUUCGUUUGCAAAAUAAGAUGACGGCUUAAGCAUAAGGAAUGCUGGCUGUCGGCUGAUCAUGUGCUCGGCUUUUACUUCUAUAUUGGUUUCUCUGCCUGCCAUGUCAUAUUCCGGGUAACAUCCAGGUCUUUGUACCUGGGCUAUAAGAAAAGGAAAAUUGUAACAGAGGUGGUUUAAGGCCCCAGAUGAUUGUAGGACCAGCUGUGGUUGUCACUGUUUAUAGUAAAGCAAAAUCAGAGUCUGAGUGUUCCAUAAGGUUAGGGUGUAACUCUUGGGUGCCCAAGACUGUUGGCUAUUAAAUUGUCAGCACAAA